AUACAACACGACAUUUUGAAUUUUUCGAUAUCUAGGAGAAACCAAGACGAUCAACAAACCGACCCACAAGUAAAAGAAGAAGAAGAAAGAGAUGAACCAAGGAGAAUAAAGAAAACACAGAAAGAGAAUCAGAAAAAAAAAGAAGUUGAUCGAAAGGAAUAAUUUAAUUUUUCAAGAUGGUUAAGAAUGGGAUUGGAUUGAUGAACGUGAUUGGGAUUGGAAGUUUGUCUGGAUUAAUUACGAGUUUAAUCAUUUAUAAGUAUUCAGAUUAUUUUAAACCGAUCAACAAGAAAAGUACCAAUAGCAUAUCAAAAACAAGAAAAAGCUCUGAGAAAGAAAAAGAAGAAGAAGGAGAGAAUUUGAUUAAAGAACAAUUAAUUCGACAUGAAAGUUUUUUUGGAGAACUUGGAAAUCAACAGAUUAGAAAAAGUUAUGUGGUGGUCAUUGGUUUAGGAGGAGUCGGAUCACAUGUUUCUUUAAGUUUGAUUAGAUCUGGUGUGAGGAGGAUUAAAUUGAUUGAUUUUGAUUUGGUUUCACUUUCUUCACUUAAUAGACAUGCGGUGGCUACUCGAAACGAUGUGGGAAAACCUAAGGUGGAAGUUUGUAGGGAGUUUUUUAGGAGGAUUUCUCCUUGGAUUGAAAUUGAGAUCGAGAUGAGAGAAUUCAAUUCAGAAAAUGCAAAAGAACUUUUGAUGAAUGAUUCAUCAGAAGAAGGAGAAGAAGUGGAUUGGGUUUUAGAUUGUAUUGAUAAUAUCACUACUAAAUUAGACUUAUUAACGUUUUGUAAAACUAAUCAAAUCAAAGUGAUUUCUUCACUUGGUGCAGCUUCUAAAUCAGAUCCAUCUAGAAUCCAAAUCAGUGAUAUUUCGCUAACUUUUGAAGACCCAUUAGCCAGAUCAGUUCGUAGAAGAUUAAGAAUGAAAGGGAUUGUGGAUGGCAUACCGGUGGUUUAUUCAACUGAAAAACCAAAUGAAAAAGUCACUUUAUUACCUUUACCAGAAGAAGAAUUUCAAAAAGGAAACGUUCAAGAGUUAUCAUCAUUAACUAAUUUCAGAGUCAGAAUCUUACCUGUCUUAGGUCCCAUUCCUGCCAUGUUUGGUCAAGCUAUGGCUGCUUAUGUUUUGAGUCAAUUAUCUGGUUUUCCAAUCGAUCCAUUACCAGUCAAAAACCGAACCAAAUUAUACAAAAGGUUAUACAAUGAUUUAUUAUCCAGAGAAUCCAAACUAACGGGAACGACUACAAUCCCAUUUUCAAUCGAAGAAAUAGGUUAUAUCUUUGAAGAGAUCUAUAGAGGCAAAUCAAUCGUUUCUCCAAACUUUGUGAUCUCUAAUACGUUAUGUUUGAUCAGAUGGGAUUCUAAGAUCGAUUUGAAUUGGCAAAAUUGUGUGGUGAUGGAUAGAUCUGAAGCUGAGCUUCAUGAAGAAAAGGUUUUGAGGAAUGGGGUGGAUCCUCAGGUUGUUUGGGAUCCUCAAACGGUUGGGUUGGUUAUGGAAAGGUUUGAGGAAGAACUUAGGAUGCGAAAGUGGAGAUAAAACUCUUAUGAUUGGGUUUUUAUACUUAGCAUUCAAUUCUUUACAACAUAUUUUUUGGGAGGAAUAGUACAUAAAUUUACAUUCCUAAGGAAAAUCCACAAUCAAUUCGAAUAGAUAAUGAAAACUUUACAAGGAAAUUGAUUGAUUGAUUGAUUGAUUGGGUGAUAGAUGGAUUUUAGAAUAGAUGACUUGUAGAUCUUGUGAAUCUAGUAUGUUUUGGAAAUAUUGAAGGGUUUUGGAUCUGAUGAUCAUUUUCGGAUUUGAUUGGAACGGGUUCUU